UGAGCCAAAUGGGUGAAGAAAGCUUGAGGAAAAGAAAAGGAAAGGCCAACGGAAAAGAGGAUGGAGAAUCCAUUCAGAGCCACCAACCCCAAACGACGAACCUACAAAAGCAGGUUGGCCUCAUCAGUGGAAUCUGUAUGAUUGUUGGUACAAUUAUUGGCUCAGGCAUCUUUGUUUCUCCAAAAUCAGUACUUGCCAAUGUUGGAGCAGUGGGUCCUUGUUUAACCAUCUGGGCAGCCUGUGGAAUUCUUGCGACAUUAGGUGCACUUUGUUUUGCUGAGCUUGGCACAAUGAUCACAAAAUCCGGGGGAGAAUAUCCUUACCUUAUGGAGGCGUUUGGCCCAAUUCCAGCAUUUCUGUUUUCUUGGACAAGCUUACUCGUCACAAAACCCAGCUCAUUUGCAAUUAUUUGUCUCAGCUUUGCAGAAUAUGCAUCAGCUCCUUUUUAUCCAGGUUGCGAUCCUCCCCCGGCUGUUAUCAAGUGUCUUGCAGCAGCUGCCAUUGUGAUCAUUACAAUAGUGAAUUCACUGAGUGUGAAGCUGGGAAGCUAUCUCCAGAAUUUUCUCACAGCUACUAAAAUGAUCAUUGUCACAAUCAUUAUUGUAAGUGGAAUUGUUCUCCUUGCACAAGGAAAAACUGAAAACUUUCAAGAUUCUUUCAAGGACAGCAAAAUUUCUGUUGGCUCCAUCAGUUUGGCAUUUUAUAAUGGACUCUGGGCGUAUGAUGGAUGGAAUCAACUCAAUUACAUCACAGAAGAACUUAAAAAUCCUUACAGAAAUCUACCGCUAUCUAUAAUUAUUGGGAUCCCCUUGGUUACAGUUUGUUACGUUCUGAUAAACAUUUCGUAUUUCACCGUAAUGACUUCAACAGAACUCCUGCAGUCCCAGGCAGUUGCUGUGACAUUUGGAGAUAGAGUCCUUUAUCCAGCCUCUUGGAUAGUUCCUCUCUUUGUGGCCUUUUCUACAAUUGGAUCUGCCAACGGGACCUGUUUUACUGCAGGCAGACUUGUUUAUGUUGCAGGUCGUGAAGGGCACAUGCUAAAGGUGCUAUCCUACAUAAGUGUUAAGCGUUUAACGCCAGCACCUGCUAUCAUAUUUUAUGGGGCCAUUGCUAUUAUUUAUAUUAUCCCUGGUGACAUUGACACACUCAUAAAUUAUUUUAGUUUUGCAGUCUGGAUAUUUUAUGGUUUAACUGUACUUGCGCUCAUUGUUAUGAGGUUCACAAGAAAGGAACUCAAGAGACCAAUCAGGGUACCCAUCAUAAUUCCAGUCAUAGUGACAUUAGUCUCCAUUUUACUGGUAUUGGCACCAAUCAUCAGCGCACCUGAAUUGCCCUAUUUGUACUGUGUUUUAUUUAUACUUAGUGGACUUAUAGUUUAUGUACUUUUCGUUCAUUUUAAAUUCAACUGGCCCCAAAAAAUAUCAAGUAAGUAUACCUCAGAUGCUGGCUCCAAAUUCAACAGAACAUUUCUAAGUUUUAGAUUAAUUACUGUAAUGAAGCUCAUUAUAUACGGUCCAUCCCGUCUAAAAAUCACAUGAGCUGGGUGUGGAAGGAGGCAAUUUUCCAGACAUAGAGUGGCCCAUGGUGAGCUUUACUAAAGACUGUAUUUUACUUCUUCCUGUGAGAGGAAAAAAACAAACAAAAGCACCAUUGUCUGACUUCAGGAAAAACAAAACUUAGUUCACCAAAAAAAACAACCAACCAAACCCAAAAAACAGUAGUAGCACAAAGAAACUGAUUUUAAAAUCACCAGAGCUAUUUUAUCUGUAAAGCUAGUUUUUCAAUUUCAAAACAUUGCUUUAGCCAUUAACUAAAGGUUAGCAGACAUUACAUUCCUAUGCCACAACAUACUAUGGUUUUAGCUCAGGUUGUGAAUUUUACUAUACUUACUAAAGAAAACAUUAACAGUAUCAAGACGAAAAAGUUAUCACAGUGCUGCUCAGUAAAGUGAAAGCUGCAAAAACCCAGUGAAACCAUUUAUAAAAUAAUUUUGGGUAGUCUCAAGAGCAACCCUGCAAUUAUCUCAGGGAAACCAGACACACAGGUAUUUCUAAAAGGGAAAGCGAACAAGCUGAAGAAAGAAUUAGUAGUUCUACAGACACCGACAUUAAAAAAUAUCCAUAGUCUCUCCUGCCCCUUGGGAUUAUUAAAUAUUAUGUAAUUAGAAGCAUUGUAUUCUAUUAAGAGCAAGUUUAGAACCCUGGAAUGCUGCAGUUUGAAUCUUAAGACACUUUUUAUUGCCUACACAUUAUUUUUCAAGUUUGAUGAGAUAUGAAUACAGAAAAAUACAUACUCACAAGGAUAAUUUUGUCACUUAGGAAUAAGUAUGAAUAGAAAUAAUGUUCUUUCAUAAAACCUCUAACAAUAAUGUUUUUUCCUCAGAGCCCAUCACUAUGCACCUUCAGAUGCUUCUGGAAGUUGUUCCAGCAGAGGCAGUUACUGAAUAAAAUAUUUUACAUGUA